AUGUCUUCCUCAUCGUCUAAUGGCAUAGAUGAAAGGUUAAACGAAGCUUUUGAAGAAAUGUUCGAGCAACAAUUUGAUCAUACCUUCGACUCAAUAGUUGAUGUUCAAGCCAACAAGCCGAAGAGACGAGCUUAUAUCGAAAGAGAUCGGGAACAAAGACACAAUCUACUAUGGAACGACCAUUUCAGGGAACAUCCUACAUACCCACCGGAAAUGUUUAGGUGGCGUUUUCGAAUGAACAAGCCAUUGUUCCUUCGCAUUGUCGAUCGCCUAAGUAAUGAAGUUCCAUACUUUGAGCAAAGAAGAAAUGCUCACGGAAGGUACGGGAUAUCUGCACUUCAAAAGUGUACAGCAGCUAUACGUAUGCUGGCAUAUGGUCAAUCGGGAGAUACGUAUGAUGAAUAUCUCCGACUUGGUGAAAAUACUGCACUUUUAUGUUUGGAAAAUUUCACUAAUGGGAUAAUACAAUUGUUUGGAGAUGAGUAUCUAAGAAGACCUACACCGGAUGAUCUUCAACGAUUACUCGAUGUUGGAGAGGUACGCGGGUUUCCAGGGAUAAUAGGCAGCAUCGACUGUAUGCAUUGCAAGUGA